AUUCCACCAAUAUGCAAACAAACAUCAUGGCAGACUCUGGGGAGAGGUUAUUCAAGACCAUUAUUAGAUGCUGCAGAGAUGCUCCAGAGGUGGCAACUGAUAGAAAAGAGAACGUGUUGGCAUGGUCAUGCAGGUGGAGGACUUCACACAGAUCCAAAGGAAGGGUUGAAAGAGAUAGAUGCCAAAAAGAUUAUCCGAGCAAUGUUGUCUUAUGUGUGGCCCAAAGACAGACCGGACCUGCGAGCCAGGGUAGCCGUAUCUCUGGGGUUUUUAGCAGGUGCAAAGGCCAUGAAUAUAUUGGUUCCCUUCAUGUUUAAAUAUGCGGUAGACAGCCUCAACCAGAUGUCCGGAAACAUGCUGAACCUGAGUGAUGCGCCAAAUACAGUCGCAACUGUGGCAACUGCGGUCCUCAUUGGCUAUGGCAUCUCAAGAGCUGGGGCAGCGUUAUUUAAUGAAGCUAGAAAUGCAGUAUUCGGCAAAGUAGCUCAAAAUUCAAUCAGAAGGAUAGCAAAGAAUGUAUUUCUGCAUCUUCAUAACCUGGACUUGGCGUUCCACCUAAGCAGGCAGACAGGAGCCCUGUCAAAAACCAUUGACAGAGGAACGAGAGGAAUCAGUUUUGUUCUUAGCGCUUUAGUAUUUAAUCUGGGACCUACCAUGUUUGAAGUGGCUCUAGUCAGUGGAAUUCUGUAUUACAAAUGUGGUGCAGAGUUUGCGUUAGUAACCCUGGGGACACUAGGAGCGUAUGCAGCGUUCACGAUAGGAAUUACGCAGUGGAGGACUAAGUUUCGAAUUGAAAUGAACAAAGCAGAUAAUGAUGCAGGUAAUGCUGCAAUUGACUCGCUGCUAAAUUAUGAGACUGUGAAGUAUUUCAACAAUGAAAAAUACGAAGCCCAACGAUAUGAUGGAUUCUUGAAGACCUAUGAAAACGCCUCCCUGAAGACUACCUCUACUUUAGCUCUGCUGAAUUUUGGACAAAGUGCUAUAUUUAGCAUUGGCUUAACAGCCAUCAUGGUGCUUGCUAGCCAGGGCAUUGUUGCAGGGAGCCUGUCUGUUGGAGAUCUAGUAAUGGUCAAUGGAUUGCUGUUCCAGCUUUCUCUACCCCUCAACUUCUUGGGAACAGUAUACAGAGAGACGAGACAAGCACUUAUAGAUAUGAAUACCUUGUUUACCCUUCUCAGUGUAGAUACCAGAAUUAAAGACAAAGACCUGGCUCCACCCCUGCAGAUCACACCACAGACUGCUGCCAUCGCCUUUGAUAAUGUGCAUUUUGAAUACCUUGAGGGGCAGAAAGUCCUUGCUGGAGUAUCUUUUGAAGUCCCUGCGGGAAAGAAAGUGGCCAUUGUAGGAGGUAGUGGGUCAGGGAAAAGCACAAUUGUGAGAUUAUUAUUUCGUUUCUAUGAACCUCAGAAAGGAAAUAUUUAUAUUGCUGGACAGAACAUACAAGAUGUCAGUUUGGAAAGUCUGAGAAAGGCAAUAGGAGUUGUACCCCAGGAUGCUGUUCUCUUCCAUAAUACUAUCUAUUACAAUCUGCUCUAUGGCAAUAUCAGUGCAACACCAGAAGAGGUGUAUGCAGUAGCGAAGUUGGCAGGAAUCCACGAUGCUAUUCUUCGAAUGCCUAAUGGUUACAACACGCAAGUUGGUGAACGAGGACUCAAGCUCUCAGGAGGAGAAAAGCAAAGAGUUGCAAUUGCUAGAGCGAUGCUAAAGGAGCCACUUAUUUUUCUCUAUGAUGAAGCCACAUCAUCUUUAGAUUCAAUUACGGAAGAGAAUAUUCUGAGUGCCAUGAGGGACAUGGUGAAGCACCGAACGUCAGUUUUCAUUGCCCACAGGUUGUCAACAGUGGUUGAUGCAGACGAGAUCAUUGUCCUGGAUCAGGGUAAAGUUGUUGAACGUGGUAGACAUACAGACCUCCUUGCAAGCCCGAGCAAUCUCUAUUAUGAGAUGUGGCAUACUCAGAGCAGCAAAGUGCGAAGUAGUAGUACCAGUCAGAAAUGGGAAGAGCGAAACAGUCGGAUGUCCAAAGAGGAGGAAAGGAAGAAACUACAAGAAGAAAUUAUCAAUAGUGUGAAAGGCUGUGGAAACUGUUCUUGCUAAGUAUGAUCCUGGAUUAAUCUUCUAUAACAGGUUAAAAAUGCACAACGUUGCAGUGAAGCGCAGCUCUUGUUUUUAACUCAUGAUUCAAAAACUUCCUGGGUUUUGCAGUUUUUGGUUUUUAUUGUUUCUCAGAGGAACAUAACUUCAACCAAAGGAGUCUUAUUUCUGCAUCUUUACAAAUCCCUGAUAUUCAAUUACAUUUGCAAGAGCUGAGCUUUUUCAAAAAAACUUUAAAAUUACUUCUAACUAGCAGUAUGUUUUAUGGCAAUUUUUAGGUAUUGGUAAAUUCUCCUGGUAGUUGCCUGAGAUGGAUCAUUAAAUUGUAAACAGAUUUGUGCUCGAUUUACGUUAUUUCUCAUCAUUAAUGGCCGAUAAAGAUGGCAUAUUUUAAUUGUAAUCGGGCUAAUCUGAACUCAUUUGCUAGUGAGGAGGAUGCAAUUCAAAUUCUUCAGAGGUGCUCUGGUUUGAAAUUUUCUUCUUUGUGAAACUUAAGAGGCCCAGCAAAAUAUUAGAGGCUUCUAAUAAUAGCAAACUAAGUAUUGAAAUAAUCCAUCUCACUGCUCCAAAGCACCUUUCAUACUGGUCUAUCCAGGAAGCGCAUUAAUAUUCUUUUAAAAGAGAACUAAAAGUUCUAAGAGUUGGCAAAAGUCUGAAAUUGAAAAAAUGGUGUGACUUUACAGAAAACGAACAAAACGUGUGUAACUAUUAAGAAUCUGAAGCUUUCUCUUAAAUGAAAAUGUCAGAGUUCAAAAUUCUGUAUCCUCAACAUCUGCUUCAAAGUAGAAGUCAAAGCAGAAUGAGUCAAAGCUGAGUCAAAGCAGAAUGCACUCAGCUUGAUUUCAGUCCUGGUCUUAGGGAGCAAUUAAGAUUCAAUAAAGACUACCAUAAAUUUAUACUAUGUCAUUAAUAUAUGAGAAAUCGACCUGGAUAAUGUUGAAAGUGUUGCUCCAAUAAUCUUAUGAUUUUAGUAGAAAAAAUUUCUUCAGUGUCAAGACACCUCAAUUUCUGUGACUUGCAGGACACCACAGGAUUGUAUGUUUAGGCCUUGCCUUUCCAGGGAGAUUUCCCAUAUCUGUUUAUCAGUAGUUAUUCUGGUAUAAUUCCUCAUUUGAUAUAGAUGUAUAUACACACGCAUAUACAUAUAUGUGUGUGUGUGUGUGUAUAUAUAUAUGUAUGUAUUUUUAAUAAGAAAAAGGACAUCUUUUUCUUGGACAUUUAAAAAUAGCAUUCUUCUGGGGAAUUAUACCAGUAUAAUUACACUGAAGUUAUGUUUGCGAAUCAGGUACAAGCUGUCUCGAUGUGGGCACUAGCAAAGCUAAGUAGUGAAUUUGGUGCUUCUGGAAACUUAGCUGCAAAUAUUGUCGGGUUUUUUGUUUGUUUGUGUUUUGUUAUACCUUUCUUUACAGCUGGAUAUAGCUGGAUAUAACUUAAAGGGAGUUAAACCUUUAUUUUUUCUGCUAGCCAUUCAUUUUCUCUCCAUUAAAAUGAUGCAAGAAAAUAAAAUGUUAUUAAUCCUCAGGUAAAAAUUAUUUUAACGAUAACAUCAAAUGCAAGGACUUUUGCUUUCAUCCUUGGAGUGCAGAAGCAACAUAAAGCCUUGGUAAUGUAGUGGCAACCCAGAAUUAUUUAAUUUACAAUCUUCCUUUAAUUUUCACCAAUUGUCUCCUUUUUUAAAUUUGUAAUAGCAGUGUGGUAGAUUAUAAAGGUGCAGUUAUCUCUGAACCGCCAGAAACAGGUAGCAACAGUUGAGGCUUUUCCCUUUCCUAUGUCGUGAGUAACAAAAAACAAAACACCCCUCUCCCCCCAAAAGCUAGUUUUGGAAUUAAAUAAUUUUUCUACUGUGGCGUGCAGCAGAUAACGUACGAAGGCUGUAAAUAGUAAUAUUUCAGUCUUGAGCACCUUUUUCCUUUGGCACAAGUUUUAGAGAUGUCACUAGUCUGAAAGAUGGAGGAGAAGGUUUCUUUUCCUCCAAGAACAGUUGCCAACAUGACAGGGCUUUGAAAUUCCAGUAGUUGUCUAAAGAGAGAACGAAAACUAGCGUUAUGGGAUUUUCAGUAGUCUGAAACCACGAGCCAUUUUAACGCCAAACUUGUUUGUGUUUGUGGAGGGGAGGACGUAUUCAGAUGAAUAAGUGAUUAUACAAAGCUGAUGUAUUUAAUCACCGAGGACAGAUUUUGCAAGUACCGCAAGAGGUGUGGAAGAAAGGAGCAUUUUCCGAUGGUAAAUAUCAGUGACGAUCAAAGUUCAGCUAAAUCUGUAAAGGGUUUGCUAAGGUAAGACUGUUGCCUAUCUCUGCCGUCAUUUUUAUGCCAAUCCAUAUGCUGCAGCUUUGUCCAGAUUUAAGCAACCUGGGUGACGGGAAGUAACUAAAAAGGCGGCUUGUGAUACAGUAGAAUAUUUAUUUUAAAGAGUUGCAGUGACUUCUGGGAGAUGACUGAGAAUUUCCUGUGCCGUAGCGUUGUUAGAUAAACAUUCCUGACUUGUUUGAGGCUUUAUUUGAAUGCUCUCUGUGCUUAUCUAUCUGCUUCUUAAGCACAGGUUACCAAAAUGCACCUAACCCUUGUAAACUUAGCAGCAGCACACAGUAAAUGGGAGGGGGUAGAACUUCCGUACUGAUGAUAGCAAAAAAGUGUUUGCUUUCUUUUGGUUACCCCUUUCUCCUCCCAAAUUAAAUGGGAAAAGCUUCCUAGAAAACCAGAAGAAGUUGUUGCACAGCUGAAGAGUUGCGAAUGAGCAGGAUUCUCUACUGCCACAACCUCCCACUAUUCUAUCAAACAGAUGCAAGAACAAAAUACUUAGUGUGUUAUGUUUUGCUUGUGAGCAGGCAUCUCAAGGAAGUAGAAGCAAUACUUGGUGACUCUUUGCUUACUAGAAGAUAAAAAUUGACUCUUGUUUUUUAAAGAAUUUUUAUUCGUAGGACAUGACUCCAAAAUCACCAUUUUAAGCAAACAUUUAUGACACUUGCAACUUUGGAGACUUGAAUGAAAUCUGUAGUGCACUGAGUCUUGAAGCAAUAUAUAUGGCAUCUCUUUAAAAACCCUUACAAUUUGUUACAGAAAAUUGAUUUAUUUUGAAGCUCUCACAGCCUCUGUGGAUCUUCGUAAUUCUGCUCUUCUGUAAUCUGGAACAUCGCUUUUCUAAGCAGCAGCUUUUCAUAUUCUUGAAAUUUUGCUGGACUUGUAGCAGGUUGUUUUUCAAAAUUAAAGUCAUCUACUACCAUUACAAAAUCAGUUUGCCAUUUUGCAGUCAAAAAGCCAUUUAUUUUUUCCCUUAUUCUCCUUUUUUUUUUUUUAUUUUUUUAAGGAAAUGUGUAUGUUUGUGAAAAGUGGACAGAAAAAUGAUUGGUUCUUGCAGUGCAUAUUCAUCUAUUGACUCUCGACUUACAGGAUUUAAUUUUAAUUCCCAUGCAAGAACUUGCUGAGCACAGAAAGUGAAGACACGAACCAAACUUUCUUUGGCUAUUCUAACCUCCAAGUUAGCAAACUUGUGGUUUGGUUUUGGCUUUCAAAAAUGGAAAUUCAUAAUUUGCUACUUGCAGAUCUCUGUUUACUCUCAGCAGUGCUGUUAUAUGGAUUAGGAGUUGCAUACAUCUCUUGAACAUAAUUUAAAAUCUGAAUUUUAAGUUUGUUUUGAGGAUGGGAAUGUAAAAUAUACAUUGUACAGUAAGAUGUUCAAGCAAAAAAAGGCUAGUUUAAAACCACAUUGUAUAAACAUCUGCUGGAAGACUUCUUACCCUGACUCUUGUUGUUCAUCUGUGUAUAGCUAAUUAUUACUAAAUAAAGGAUUUAUCUUUGUGAAUAGA